AUGUGUCGAUUUCUGAUAUAUAAAGGCCGCCAUGAGAUCCGUCUCAGCAAGCUGGUGACGGAGCCGAGUCAUUCCAUUCUGACUCAAUCCUACGACUCUCGGUUACGACUGGAUAACCGCCGCCCAGUCAAUGGUGACGGCUUUGGGGUUGGUUUCUACACUGACCCGAAACUCGGACCAGAACCAUGCAUCUUCACAUCCACUCUACCCGCGUGGAAUUGUGAGAACCUAGAACGGCUUGCCGCAAAGACGUGCUCGAAUCUCAUAUUCGCGCACGUUCGGGCAACAACCGAAGGGACUCUCGCCGACAACAACUGCCAUCCGUUCCAGCACCAGACCCUGAUGUGGAUGCACAAUGGGAACAUUGGGGGCUGGAAAUACAUCAAGCGCACAUUGGCCGACUCGCUCGCUGACAAGUGGUAUCUCGGAGUCAAGGGCGGCACAGAUAGCGAAUGGGCAUUCGCACUGUUUCUCGACAUACUGGAGAAAGAAGGGGUGGACCCGAGCUCGGAUCCAGGCCCUGAGGGAUUCGGACAGGCGCUUAUUCGCCGAGUGAUGAUGAAAACCAUUGCCAAGAUUAACGAGCUUGUUCGGGAGAUUCCCGAGAAGUACAACGUGACGGGGGUCGAGACUCGGAGUUUGUUAAACUUUGCGGUCACUGAUGGUCAUACCGUCGUUUGCACUCGGUAUAUCAGCAGCAAGACAGAUGAGCCGGCCAGCCUGUAUUUCUCUUCGGGGACCAAGUGGAAAGAGGGCACGCCAAAAGGCCAAUUCAAGAUGGAGCGACAUGACAAGGGCGCCGAUAUUGUUCUGGUGGCCAGCGAACCUAUCACCUUUGAACGGCACAACUGGGUCUCAGUGCCCACCAACUCGGUGGUCACCAUCCACAAGCAGACAGUGCUGCUGCACCCUAUUCUGGAUGAAUUCUACGGGGAGGACUUGAACCACGACCGCUCUUCGUGCUAUGCAGUGUCGAAAGGCCUUGUCAGCACUGCUCCUGGCACGACUGUCCCGCCUCAGAGCACAGACGAGCCCAUAGCAGGCCGAACUGGCCUUGACGUGAGCAACGGUGAUGACGUCGGUCUGGAAGGCCCUCGACCUGGUCAUGCCGCCGAAUGUGCCGUGUCACAUUGA